AUGGCACAGAAAGGCGGCAUGUUUAUCCCCAUGUAUCAACGCGAGGCUUUAUGGAUCGACUUUGAGAGUAGAAAGAACUACGCCAUCAGAAUCCACGUCGGUAACGUCAACAUCGUCUCGGGUGAGCCCAGAGUCCCAACCUUUGCGACCGAACUUCCUCGUCGACAGCUCUUGAAGCAAGAGAAGAGUAUCCAGGAUUACAUUGUUGUUCCCGACCAGAAGUGGAUAGACGGUGUCGCUACUGAGCCCGGCCAAGUUCGUCAGUUUGUAGCCAUGCCUAUUGCAACCAACUGUUCCGUCGAGGCCCAAAUGAACGGUGAAGAGUCCACCGCCGGCAUUCAGUUUGACAUCACGCGCCUUGAUCCUCUCCUCUCUGGUCCCAAAGGACAACAUCAACAUAAUGGUCAAAGAUCUCAACGGCGAAACAUCCAACUACUUUCUUUCGCGUUUCAGCAGAGUCGAAACACUAAAGUUGCUCGUCAAAGCAAAGGCUGGAGUCGAUGUUGCCUAUCAAAGCUUGGUAUCCUCAUCGCAAAAGCUUCAAAGUAUGGACUACACGCCUCAUCAAUGCCAGGCUCCCAUUCAAUGACUGAAGAGCCAGAGAUGAACAUCGCUUCUGGCGGUCUCAUCCGUCAAAACAUCGUGGAACAACCCAAGGGCGAAUACAAAAAGACGUCCACAGUCACAUUCAAUGUGCAGAUCCUCAACAGUACAAGCUUCAAGCGAGUUACGGGCCAGGACCCCCCAAAAAGCCCCAUCUCAGCCGCUACUUACGCCAAAGCUGGUCAUCCAUUCUUUUCGCUCGACGAAGGACCAGCUACUAUCUCUGGCAACUUCUCUGAUUUACAAUCGCUGGCUCAGCUCAAAGGGCGGCAUGAGCGUAACGUUGGUGGCAUUCCCAUUCAUGAUGUUGAAACUAAAGAGAUCCUCCGCGCGUGGGUUUGCAAGGCCUGCAAGGCCAAGAACACUGCUGUAAUGCGGUCCUGCAAGUCGUGCAAGGGGCGCCGUCCUCCGUUGAAGAAGCGCAACAAGAUCGGAAUUCUGAAUCCUGAAGGAUCCAAGGCUCCUUUCCGACUCUCUUGGGAGAUUGCUGAAGAACUCGAGAAGAAGCUUACACUGUUUUAA